AUGGCCUGUCUCCAUCUUGUGCCCGUCGAACCUUUGCGGCGUUCGCUCUUCUGUGCUUCUGACAUCUUUGAGCACAUGGAAAAGGUGCUGGUUCACCGCCAGGAUGUUGAGGACCGUGGAGCCGACCUAGGCGAGGCGGAGGACGGGCAAGUCUCGACAUCGGCGGACAUCCCAUUCCAAGUCCAAAACGUCGCCCUCGACAUCGAGCUACUUGGUCGAAGUCGUCGGCUUGACACCAUCGUAGGCACUGAUGAUAUCGCUGUUGAAGAACGGGCUCGGUCUCGGUGUCAGCAUCGCGAGUAUUUGGAUGACUACGCACUUCGGUCGUACAACAUUGAUCUGGUUUUGGUGAGCCGCGAAUGGGGCUCGCUGGCUGGCCCGGGGGUGACCGAAUCUUUGCUGGUCCUGAUCAUUGUCUCGAGCGGCGUCGGCACACUGCCAGCCUUUCACGCAGUCGGCGGUGAAGAUUUCUCCUCGCGUCUGCGAACUCAAAUACUCAGCGCUGGCUGGCGCAGCGGUGCAAACUUCGCAGGCGGCCUCGGUAUCGCAUGGCCAUGUGUGUACAACUUUGCCUCGGGGAAUCUGGAAGCCAAAACAAGACUCGUCUUCGCCGGUCAUGUUCGCUCGCAUCCAUGGGAGCGUUCUUCUUCGUUCCAAAGAGAUGAAAAACAAGACUCCAAAAGAAAGUGA